AUGGACCCUCAAAACCGUCUCGAAGAACGGGCCGCCAUUAUCUCGGACAUUGUAGAAGGACUCCAGGAUGUAGCUGUAAGCGAGACUCCGACCGAAGACAGAAGCGACACGACUUCAGGCAGCGAUUCAUCUGAUUCCGAACAACCCCAUGAAGAACGCGCUUGGAUCAACAACACUCCAAGAUGGAGCCCUCCGGCUGAAUUCGCUCUACACUCAGGCAACCACUUGUCCACCCCCGAGUGGAAAAGAGCAUGUGGAAUUCUCAACGUAGUCGUCGCCAAAGCCGAGAUGACGAAUACCCCCAUCGACGACGAGUCUUUCGAACCUCAGUUGCCCUUCACAUCACUUAUCAUCAAACCCAGAAAGAAGGACCUGCGGAAGCUGAAACACGCCAUACAGCAGCCGUUACAGCCACCCUACCUCGGAGAGUUCUCCUUUGAUUGCAGCGCAGUCAAGACGAAGAAAGAUGUCGCCGACCUAGGGAAGUGUCGUGAACCAAUCGUUGACAUACUCAAGAUACUUUAUGCACAAGGACACAAUGACACCGUCCCAGUCCAUCCACUCAGAGAUGCUUUGAUCCUGCUUUUGGAAGCAUUCCUGUGCGCAAUCGAAAUGAAACAAGAGGUAUGGUUUAGCUGGAACGGAGACGAUCCAAAAAUUACCGAAAGGCCGUUUGGCAUGGCAGCUAGUUGUUGCUUGACAUACGCUGGAAUUGGUGAUUUUGGUCAGCAUAUACCCAGGUUUCAGGCGUGGUUCGACUAUGGCUUAGACAUCGGAAGCUUCACAGUGUCGGAGUCUGGCGAAAAGACAGUUCAAGAAUCAUGGUUUUGUUGUUUUGAGGACGAAGUCGAAUUUGGACGUAUGAUGAUCAAUGGCUGGCCAGGAAGCAAACGACCGUAUCUCGACUACAACCUCGCCGCUUUCGAGACUCUGAUGCAAUGCACAGAUUUGAGACGGAUUGAAAUUCGCAACACGAGAGUCCACCUAGGAGCCUUGCUAUCACUUUUGAAUCGCAACAGACAUACUCUAGAUAUACUCAUACUGGACACAGUCGAAGCCAACGAGGACAUCAAUGCAUAG